CAGGCCGACCGCUUGACACAGAGGUAUCUUGUCCAGGCUGCGGUCCCGUCAUUUUCUCGUCGAAACAAUCGAAACAGCCUCUCCGUCGACAUGAUGUGCGACGUUACGAACAGGAGCUUCCGCUCGCAGCUGGCUGCCAUUCUGGAAAAGCUGACGAAAGCAGCCUUGGCUGAAAUAAGCAACCUCGCCGACGAGUGCUCCUCCGUCCUCCAUACCGAGAUCUCUCAACACAAGUCUGAGAAGGAGGCGUUGAAGAAGAAAUGUUAUUUGCUGGAGGUCCAGCUGCGGGCGGCGAGGGAGGCGCAGCAUUACCCUGCCAAUGUCAACAGUGUCAGUCACCGACAGGGUGGGAUUCAGGCUCCAGAGAAAUUUAUACGAGAGCAGCAGCAGCAGCAGCCUGCUCCAGCCAUCGAAGGGGUUUAUGGAAAAGACUGGUGCAUGGAUCUGUGGAGAGAGGACAAACAAACCCCUCAAAGCAAAGAGGUGACCAGAUCUGCGGCACUGCGAGAUGCUGGGUCACAGGCAAUAGAUUUAAUAGAUGGCGAACCUGACCUCAUUUUUGUCAAAGAGGAGAUGUACGAUGACCAGGCCGUUGGCCCGCAGAUGAAGUUUUCAGACAUCAGGAACAGUGUUGGGAUCAUUGAGGAGGAUGGUAUACUUCACAGAACCGUUGGUGAGCUCCGGCUUCAGAUGGGGAACUCGAACAACUUCCAGGUCACAGCUGGCGGCCAACCACAGCAAGGCUCACAGCCAACGCUUAUGGACAACUUAAUUGAGGACUCAGCGUUGAGUUCGCUCGUCAGUAACUCAAAUCCUGCCUCAGCCACUGGUCUCCCUCAUGCCACCAAAACAGCUCUGAUCCAUUGAAGCAUGGACUCCACAAGACCUCUGAAGGUGUCCUCUGGUAUCUGGCAUCAAGACGUUAGCAGCAGAUCCUUUAAGUCCUGUAAGUUGUGAGGUGGGGCCUCCAUGGAUCAGACUUGUUUUUUUCCAGCACAUCCCACAGAUGCUCGAUCGGAUUGAGACCUGGGGAACUUGGGUCCUGUUCCUCAAGACAUUCCUGAGCAAUUUUUACAGUGUGGCAGGGUGCAUUAUCCUGUUGAAAGAGGCCACUGCCAUCAGCAAAUACCAUUGCCAUGAAGGGGUGUACUUGUUUAGGUAGGUGGUACAUGUCAAAGUAACAUCCACAUGAAUGCCAGGACCCAGGGUUUCCCAACAGAACCUUACCCAGAGCAUCUCACUGCCUCCACCGGCUUGCCUUUUUCCCAUAGUGCAUCCUGGUGCCAUCUCUUCUCCAGGUAAAUGAUGCACAUGCACCCGGCCGUCCACAUGAAGUAAAAGUAAACAUGAUUCAUCAGACCAGGCCACCUUCUUCCACUGCUCAGUGGUCUAGUUCUGACGCUUACGUGCCCAUUGUAAGCGCUUUUGGCGGUGGACAGGGGUCGUCAUGGGCACUCUGACCUGUCUGCAGCUAAGCAGCCUCAUACAUAGCAAGCUGUGAUGCGCUGUGUUCUG